UGCCCCUCCACCUCGCGGGCCGCUGGCGGGGGCAGGCGCUGCCUGAGGCUCACAACCUUGUCCUUGCCAGGUAGCCAGGCUCUGCGCUGCUGGUGUGGACACAGACGUCGCUGGGACAGCCCCUCCCGCUGCUUGGCGGUGGCACCUGCCCACCGCCCCUCCGCUCACCGCCCGCCCCGCCGCUCCGGACCCGGUUUCCAGCGUCUCUUCCUCCCAGUCCCGGGCGAGCUGCGUUGGGUUUGUGUCUUUAUUUGACGAAAACGAGCUGUUGCGCAGCCAUUGAUACCUGUGUUGGGGAAACACAGGAUACAAGCAAGAAGCUUACAGCCUCAGUGGCGAAAAUUUUUUCACGUCAGAGACCGAGAACUCUUGCAGUCGUUUAUGUCAUCCCUUCUUCUCCAGACAGAAGAUACCAAAAAGUUGCAAUCAAAGAUCUGUUCAUCUUAUUGAUAAAGUCACUAAUAAGCCAAAAUGUCUGUCAACGUCAACCACAGCGUGUCAGAUCAGUUCUAUCGCUACAAGAUGCCCCGUUUGAUUGCCAAGGUUGAGGGCAAAGGAAAUGGAAUCAAGACAGUUAUAGUCAACAUGGUUGACGUUGCAAAGGCGCUUAAUCGGCCUCCAACGUAUCCCACCAAAUAUUUUGGUUGUGAGCUGGGAGCACAGACCCAGUUUGAUGUUAAGAAUGACCGUUACAUUGUCAAUGGAUCUCAUGAGGCGAAUAAGCUGCAAGACAUGUUGGAUGGAUUCAUUAAAAAAUUUGUUCUUUGUCCUGAGUGUGAGAAUCCUGAAACAGAUCUGCAUGUCAAUCCAAAGAAGCAAACAAUAGGUAAUUCUUGUAAAGCCUGUGGGUACCGAGGCAUGCUUGACACACAUCAUAAACUCUGUACAUUCAUUCUCAAAAACCCACCUGAGAAUAGUGACAGUGGUACAGGAAAGAAAGAAAAGAAAAAGAAAAAUAGAAAGGGCAAGGACAAGGAAAAUGGCUCCGUAUCCAGCAGUGAGACACCACCACCUCCACCACCAAAUGAAAUUAGUCCUCCUCCACAUGCUGUGCAGGAAGAAGAGGAGGAGGAUGAUUGGGGGGAGGAUACAACUGAGGAAGCUCAGAGGCACAGAAUGGAUGAAAUCAGUGACCAUGCAAAAGUUCUGACACUCAGCGAUGAUUUGAAAAGAACUAUAGAAGAGUGUGUUAACAUCCUGUUUGAUUUUGUUAAGAAAAAGAGCAUUAUUGAUUCAUCUGAUAAAGAAAUUGUUACUGAGGUAGAAAGACUGGAUGUAAAAACUAUGGGUCCUCUUGCUUUGACUGAAGUUCUCUUUAACGAGAAGAUAAGAGAGCAGAUCAAGAAAUACAGGCGCCAUUUCUUAAGAUUUUGUCAUAACAAAAAGGCUCAGCGAUACCUCCUUCAUGGUUUAGAAUGUGUGGUAGCAAUGCAUCAAGCUCAGCUGAUCUCCAAGAUUCCACAUAUCUUGAAGGAGAUGUAUGAUGCAGACCUUUUAGAAGAGGAGGUCAUCAUCAGCUGGUCGGAAAAGGCCUCUAAGAAAUAUGUCUCAAAAGAACUUGCCAAAGACAUUCGUGUCAAAGCAGAACCAUUUAUUAAAUGGUUGAAGGAAGCAGAGGAAGAAUCUUCUGGUGGUGAAGAAGAAGAUGAAGAUGAAAAUAUUGAGGUGGUAUAUUCGAAGACUGCCUGUGUACCAAAAGUUGAAACUGUGAAGUCUGACAACAAGGACGAUGACAUUGAUAUUGAUGCCAUUUAAAAGGAUGGAUGCAAUUUAGCUUAAAAGUGUAAAGCUGCAAAUUUUUCUCCAUUAUCAGCCAGAAGUGCAACAUGUAUGUGCAAAAGCUCAAAUGGCUUUAACAUCAUGCUACACUUGAUACUAAAAAGCUAUUACUGUGAGUGGUCUAUACUUAAGCCCAAUGAGACAUCUAGGGAGUCCAUACUUAUCAGUGAACAGUUGUAGUUUCCUUAUUUAUAGCAUGUUUCUUUUGGAAAAACUAGUGGUGGACACAUUUGGAUCACAUUUAUACAGUUACUAAAAAAUAAAGAUUCGAUUUUGGUCAUUCUUCAGACUUUGGGCUCUGAAUGUCUUAUACUGAAGUAAUUGGCUACUUAUAGGAUGUUAUACAAUUUAACCUAAGGUCCUUGAGCCUGAUAGAUUGCAGGUGCUAAAACUUACAGAAUGCAAACCAUUGUAAUGACCUUACUCAGCCAUUAAGAAAUGGGAUAUUUUAAAAGUUGUAUCUCCAGUCCUCAUCUGUUCAGAUUGUCAACUGAUAAUUCUUGUCAUUCUAAGGGAGACUAAUGAAUAAAUAA